CUUAACGAUAGGUGAAUUGUCCUCGUCCUCACUGACAUUAACUUGCGUCAACUUGAGACAUCCCUGAGGGAUCUCUUCGCAGCUCCGCACAAACAGAACACGCACACGUCGAAGACGACAUGUUUAGUGGGAUGCGGCCGGAGAACCGCGAAGAGUCCGGCAUCCUGGAUGCUGCGAGGCUCAGGCAGCAGAGGAGGCUGAAACAGGCGGUCCAGUUCCUUCACAAAGACUCGGCGGACCUGCUGCCUUUGGACGGACUCAAAAAGCUUGGAACAUCCAAGCAAGGGCAGCCGCAUCACAUCCUCCAGAAGCGGCUGCUGGAGGCCAAGUUGUCGUCGCGGGGAAGGUUGGGCGGAUACGGGCUGUCACCAGGCAAUAACAACUUCCUCCUGAAGCGCAAUCACUCAAAGUCGCUCGACAAGGAAGAUCCAGACGAGGAUGACUUCAUCUACGUGGCCUGCAAGGUGACUGAUGAGUGUUUAGGGCAGGAGGUCCAUGUGUUGAUUGACACGGGCUGCAAACUGAAUCUAAUGUCCUCAGCGACUGUGGAGAGAUUAGGUGUGAAGGAACUGAUGGAGGAGAACAAACUGGAGACGGACGCCUUCCCCUUCCAGCGUAAGCUUCACAUGGAUGCUUCCAUCCAGGAGCUCAGCAUCACCAUCGGCCAAAUGAAGAUCAACUGCUCCUUUGCUGUCGUAGAAAGCAACAAGCCACUGAUGUGUCUGGGCAGCAAGACGUUAAAGUCACUCAAGUGUGUGAUUGACACUGAGAGCCAGACCUUCACCUUUGGGCGAACCACCAGGGAGCAAGUUCACUUUUUGAAAAAGACAGAAAGAAACGUGUAAACCAAAGGCAUCAGCAGCAAUAGAAUCGUUUCCUGCCUGUGUAGCACUUUGAAUGCUUAACGCCACUGAAAUCAUCAGCAUUCUUGUCACAGUUUGAGAUUGAUGGCGAUAUUGACAAAUGCACUCAGUAAUGUUCUUUACAUGUAGCAUUGCAAGCAGUUAAGUACAUGUGUUGCUACUUUGGCAUUAGAGAGUUUCUGUUCAAGCAGAUCAUUUUUUGACACAGUAUACACAAAAAUGUAAAAGGUUUUUGUGCUGUAAACUGUAAAGUAGUACAGGGGUCCCCAAAGUACAGCCUGCUUGCUUGUCCCAUCACUUCUACUCUGCUGCAUUACUGCUAUUUCCUUGACUUGGUAGAUUAUUUUGUGGAGUCAUUUUGAUUAUUCUUACCGUAAAAAGGCUGCAGUUGUCAUUAAUUAUUUUUGAGAGAAGCAAUUGCAUUAAUUCAGUGACCCUUUCGUUCCUUUUAAUGAAAUCUAUCUUUACUUUGUGGGUUAUUUCCAGUCAUAUUUGGAGUCGUUUUAUUUUUACCUCUCGCUCUCAUGGAUUAUUUGUAAGAGAAGCAAUCACAUGAAUUAAAAUACACAUUCAUCUGCAUGGUUUUACUAACAUUUCUCUAACUUUGUGGAUUAUUUCCAGUCAUAUUUGGAGUCGCUUUGAUUAUUUUUUUUACCAUGAAAGGCGUCCUCUGUCAUUAAUUAUUUGUGAGGGAAUGAAUUGCAUUAAUUAAAAUAUACUUUUUAUAGUUGUACUAAAAUUA